UGGCUGCCUGCAGGGUACCAACGGGAGCUCCUCUACCGUAGAGGUGACGGCUCCUUCAGCGCCUUCGGCAACGCUGACGACUCCGGCUCCACCUGGUUGUCGGCCUUCGUCCUCAAGUCCUUCAGCCAGGCCCAACAGUUUAUUGUGAUUGACAAGAAUGAUUUGAAUCAAACAAGCACUUGGCUUCAGUCUAAUCAGAGAGAGGACGGUUGCUUCAACAACUCUGGUAAAGUCUUCCACAAGGCCAUGAAAGGAGGAAUUGAUGGAAGUGACUCUCCCGUGCCUCUAACAGCCUAUGUGAUGAUUGCUCUCCUGGAGGCCAAUGACCAGUCAUGCAGCCAGGCCGACUGUUUGGCUGCCCAGUGUCUACAAGCAGACUCCUCCUCUGACCCCUACGUUAUGGCGCUCAAAGCCUAUGCUUUCGCCUUGGCUAGGCUUCCUGAAGCCGAAGUAAUUCUCCAGAAAUUGCUGGAACAAGCUGUUGUGACAAAGAACUCCACUCACUGGGAGCUGCCCAAGGGACCAGGCAAGACGAAGGCUGUAGGGGUGGAAACAGCUGGCUACGCCAUCAUGGCUAUGAUGACCCUUGACCCUAAACAAUACGAGCAGCAGGCUAGGAAGGUGGUCAAGUGGAUCACGGCGCAGAGGAAUGGCCAAGGAGGAUUCUAUUCCACACAGGAUACGGUGGUGGCCCUCCAGGCACUGGCAUUGUACGAGACCCACUUGUACCAGGGACCUCUGAACGUGGUGGCAACGGUGACAGCUAGCGGCCUGGCACACCCCUUCACCGUCACCAACGACAACAAACUGCUGCAGCAGUUGGUAAAGCUGCCCACUGUUCCCACCAAGGUCUCCAUCACUAUGGAGGGCCAGGGAUGUGCGGUCUUGCAGGUGAGCUUACUCUGUUAGUCUUUCUGUGUACGUGUGUCUG